AUGGCAGAGUUUACUUCCCCUUCCCCAAAUGGUAUAUUAAUGGAGGUAGGAGUAGUACCAGACAACUGGGAACUUCAAUUGAAGAUUUAUCAAUCUCAAUCGCAAUUGCCUCAGCCUACGGAGCCUGAGAUCAUUGAACAUGCCGCACCUGACUCUGCUGUUUUCCCGAGGGCCCACAGUGGAAGUCCCAAAAUCAAACACCAUCUCUGCCCCCAUUAUGAGUUCGCAGCCUUGUUUGAAUUCUGCAGCAGCAACCCUGCAACCAUAAGAGUCCAGGAGACUUUUUGA